GUGCCCAUAAAGCCAUUGCGUCGCUGCGGCGCAACAUGAGCUUCACAGGGCAUCCAGGACCGUCACGGACCCAGCCCAAGCCCAUUUCGGUGAUCAGGAUCGCAUGUCACCGAAUUCGUCUGCUCGCGCAGUCUAGGGUGGAGGGACACUAUGGUGUGGGAGCUUGUGUUAUUGGGGUGCGACGCGCUGGCCGCUUGGUGCUCGCUCAUGGCAGCUAUUGGGUUUCUGACCCUCGUCGGAGGGGUUUUCGUCUCCAUAGCCUUCGUACGAAAUGCAGCGAACACGCCCACGAGGUUGUCCUCUCCGAAGAGAGUUCGCAUUAUCACUCAUCCCAAGCUGAAGCCCUCAAUCAAGCUGUGAUCCAUCAGACUCCUUGCAAUUUUCUGCAGGUGUUUUUUGGGAGGUGGUUCUGUGUACAUACUUCGAGUAGCUUCUGUGCAAAGCACUACAUUCAUUUUACUAUGUAAAAACACAUCAUACAGCAAGCAGUAUUUGAGUGAACUUCCGCUUCAA